AACCAUAGACAUAACUAGACAUGAGAAAAGGCCGGCUAUACUUCCUGUCACCCUGCAAAACCGUCCUGGUAGGACGGGCCUUUGAUGUUCUUACUGUUCAAGGCUGACUGGUGACAACUGCUCUGGUAUGCACUUUGGCUUAUAAUAACUUCUGCUCCAGCCAACACUUCGCACAUCUGAAUUUUUAAAAGGAAUUGGUGUGCUCAAAUGUUUGUGGUAGAAAGUAUUUGGGUGCUGGAUUCCAAAAGGCAUAUAUUUAAAGGAAAAGUCCACUCUGGAAAAUUCUUUAACUUUAAAUUUAUUAUUUUUUAACAGCAGAGGUCAGAGCAAAUGCACGCAUCUUAUGUGGUGUGAAGGCACGUUCUAGUCUGACAGCUUUUUGUGUCUUGAUAUCCCAAGGGGUAUGAUCAAAGCCACUCACUUCACCACAACCCCUAUUCCAGUAACACUUGGACUAGUCCUCUGACUGGUGGGCAUGGUAUGUCAACUAUGGGGGAAGGGGGUUCAUUAUGUAAACCUGAUCUACUCUGUAAUUCUACCUAUUUCAGAAUCUCUAAAUAUGUACCCACUCUCUGGCCCAGUGAGGUUUAGGGGCAAAUAGUGAUUCUGGUGAAAACAUUGUUUAGGUCUGGCAGAAGGGAGAGUUCCUCUUGGUGUGACUUACCUGGAGGCAUGACCAGAGCUGCUCUAUAUGCACCCAGUAGAGCCCGGAGCAUAAAAUGUUCACUGUACCCUGCAAUUACAUCUGCUGCUCUGCACAUGUGACUAAUAAACUCUGUCACUUCUCACUCCUCCCUCUCUCCAGCAGUGUUAUGUUAAGUAGCUGGUCUGCGUUCUGUCUGUGGCUCUACUCCUUGGGUUUCAAUUCCAAACAUGGUUAGCCUUCUAGGGGUCUCUCCUCUCUCUCUCUCUCUCUGCUGCCAACUCUGAGCACUCCAGAGCAAACAAAUGGGUGAGGAGAAAUAGAAAGAAAAUCUAUAGACUGACAAAUCAUUGAAGGGAUGAGAGGGAGGGAGAGACGCACAAUGUGAUAAAUCCAUUCCAAUUGUAUUUAUGGUGUAAUAACUGAAUAAAGACAUCGUGUACUCCAGCUAUAUGUAAGGGAACAUAAUUUGUUCAACGUUUUCUCAGUUUUGACAACCUUUGAGAAGUAGACCAACUCCAGUGACAAUUGUUCAGUCUCACUGAUAAAGCAACAAAAACUUCAAGCUUCAGUGGAGGACAACCUUUUUCUACCAGCUUUGACCUCUGGUAUCUUUUGUAAACUUUGGAAUAUAACACACUUUUUAAAACUUAUUGAACAACUAGAUGUUUGGAAUAACAGCCUCCCUUACCAUGUGUGCAGACAACUCCACCCUGUUGGAGGCGGUUCUCUUCGGCCAUCCACCAUGCGAUGGCUGGACCAACAACACUGAGGGGGCCUUCUACCACCUGGGCAACACAGUCUUGUUCCUUGGGUACAUGGGAGGCAGCGGCGCCUAUGGCUGCCUGUUCAUAUUUGGUUUCCUGACAAUUGCCUUCACCUGCCUGGCCCUGUGGGGCUGGAUGACCAUGUGUGGGGUGGACGUGUGCACCUGGAACUUGCUACUGCUGGUGGCCUGUGUGCUCCAGAUCUGCCACCUUGUAUACAGGCUGCAACAGGAUGGCCUGGCCAGCGAGGAGCUGUUGGCACUCUACUCAGCCGUCUACCAGCCUCUGGACGUUCCCGUACAGGUGUUCAAAGACAUUGUGUGUGCCUGUGAGAACAAAGUGCUAGCACUAGGGGUAGAGGAGACGUAUGCGGUGGAGGGCAAGACGCCCAUUGACCAGCUCUCCUUUCUGCUGUCUGGGAGGAUCCGUGUGUCUCUGGAUGGACAGUUCCUCCAUUACAUCUUCCCCCACAAGUUCCUGGACUCUCCUGAGUGGGAGUCUCUCCGACCCAACGAAGAGGGGAACUUUCAGGUGACCCUGACAGCGGAGACGGACUGCCGCUACAUCUCAUGGCGUCGGUGCCGCCUUUACAUGCUUCUGUCCAAGGAGCGCUACAUUGCCCGCCUCUUCUCCAUCAUGCUGGGCAGCGACAUCGCCGACAAGCUCUACUCACUCAACGACAAGCUCUUCGCUAAGAGCGGUGUGCGCCUCGACAUCCGCUUGCCCAGCCUCUACCAUGUCCUGGCCCCCUCCUCCCUGGGCAGCGAGGGUGAGGUCUAUAGUGGUAGUGGGAGUGCCAGGGACCAGGUAGCCCCAGUGGAGCAGCAGGAAGCAGCAGUGGUGGAUGUGGACCCGGUUCCAGCCUACCAGAGGUCAGAGCCUCCAACACCCCUGACCCCCCGGCUGCAGAUCCGAGAGAAGACCCCCACCCCAUCUCUGCCAACCCCCUGUCAACCAUCCCAGCGCCAGCCCUCAGACAUGGAGAUGCCAUCUGGUGAGGACUCUACCAGCCUGGUCCUGGAAGACUUUGCGGAUAUGACCGGGUCCUUAAUGGAUUAUGGGAGUGAGAGGGAUUAUUUGAGGUAGAUGGCAGGUUGCUGGAGCUAACACAGUGGGCCACUACUUAAGAUACAUGUAAGUACACCUGCGUGCAGUGAGAGGGUGGGCUGGGCAGGGGAUGCGUGUGUGUUUUGCUUGCUGUGUCCACUCACUAAUCCAGCUUUGGUCUGGCCAUGCCAUGUGGUAAAGAACCUCAUUUAAACUUUGCAAUGAUUUUCUGUUUGUUAUCUUACAUAUUCAAUCUAUCUUAUACAGAGGCUAUGCACUGCUUGCUCUUUCGCCUUCUAAAAUUAUAUGAAAGUUUAGAGAGUGAGUUAGUAAAAUCGAUACAUUUUUUGGUAAAAAUUAAUGAGCCUGAGAGGAAGAACAUUGGAUUGAUCAAAGAGUUGGCAGAACUGGGACACCUCGCCUCUUGGGUACCCACCCAACCCUAAAGGCCUCUGUCUCUUGUUUCUAAAGUUUACCUUCACUCCAUCUCAAUGUAGAUCUUAAGUCUCAAACUCUCCACCCCCAAAACUUUAGCUGUUAUAAUUCUUUACAUGUACACCCCCUACGUAUUUAUUUGGACAGUGAAGCGCAACUUUUUAUUUGGCUCUAUACUCCAGCAUUUUGGAUUUGAGAUCAAAUGUUUUAUGAGGUGACAGUACAGAAUGUCGCCUUUUAUUUGAGGCUAUUUUCAUACAUAUCUGUUUUACCGUUUAGAAAUGAAAGAACUUUAUGUAUCUAGUCUCCCCAUUCGAAGGUGUCAUACGUAUUUGGACAAAUCCACUUAUUGUGUAUUAAAUUUGGUCCCAUAUUCCUAGCACGCAAUGACUACAUCAAGCUUAUGACCCUACAAACUUGUUGGCUGCAUUUGCAAUUUGUUUUGGUUGUGUUUUUGGAUUAUGUUGUGCCCAAUAGAAAUGAAUGAUAAAUAAUGUUGUCAUUUGAGUCACUUUUAGUGUAAAUAAGAAUAGAAUAUGUUUGUGAACACCUCUACAUUAAUGUGGAUGCUACCAUGAUUACGGAUAAUCAUAAAUGACUCGUGAGAAAGUUAGUGGCAAACAGUGCAUUCAGAAAGUAUUCAUACCCCUUGAUUUGUUCCACAUUUUGUCACAGCCAGAAUUCAAAAUGGGUUAGAUUUUUCCCCCUUACCCAUCUAUACACAAUGCCCCAUAAUGACAAAGUGAAAACAUGUUUUAAGAAAUGUUUACAAAUAUAUAGAAAAAUUAAUGACAGAAAUAUCUUAUUUACAUACGCAUUCACACCCUUGAGUCAAUACUUUUUAGAAGCACCUUUGGCAACGUUUACAGUUUUGAGUUGUCUUGGGUGUCUUAUCAGCUUUGCACAUCUUGAUUUUGAGAUUUUCUCCCAUUCUUCCAUGCAGAUUUUCUCAAGCUCUUAAGAUAGUUGGGGAGUGGCGGUGAACAGCAAUCUUAGUCUUUCCAAAGAUUUUCAAGGGGAUUUAAGUCUGAGCUUUGGCUGGGCCGCUCAAGGACUUUCACAUUCUUGUUCUGAAGCCAUUCCAGCAUUGCUUGGGCUGUAAACUUGGGGUCCUUGUCCUGUUGGAACGUAAAUCCUUGCCCCAGUCUGUUAUUUGCAUUCUGAAGCAGGUUCUCAUCAAGGAUUUGCCUGAUUUGCCUCCAUUCAUUGUCACCUCUAUCCUUACCAGUGUCCCAGUUCCUGCUGCUGAAAAUCAUCCCCAUCGCAUGAUGCUGCCACCACCAUGCUUCACGGUAGGGAUGGUGUUAGACUGGUGAUGAACUGUGCUUGGUUUUCUCCAAACAUAGCACUUUGCAUUCAGGCCAAAUAGUUCAGUUGUCUGAUCAGACCACAGAAACUUUUGCCUUAUGCUCCGAGUCUUUCACAUGCCUUUUUGCGAACUCCGAGACUUUCACAUGCCUUUUUCUAAGGAGUGGCUUCCGUCUGUCCACUCCUAUAAAGCCCAGAUUGCUGUAGAGAUUGCUGUAGAGACUGUUGUCCUUCUGGCAGGUUCUCCCAUCUCAUCCAAGGACCAAGGUACUUCUUGCCCAGAUGCUCAGUUUGGUCGUACGGCCAACUCAAACCAGAGUCUGGAUAGUUCCAUAUUUAAAAAAAAAUUCCCAAUGAAGGAGACCACUGGGCUCUUGGAACCUUUCAGGACUCUAGAAAUGGUUUUAUAUUCUUCCCCAGAUUUAUGCCUCAUCACAAUUCUAUCUCGGAGAGGUACAGACAUUGUACUUCAUGGUAUAGUUUCUGUUCUGACAUGCACUAUCAACUGUGGGACCUUAUAUAGACAGGUGUGUUUCUUUCUAAAUCAUGUCCAAACAAUUGAAUUGGCCACAGGUGGACUCCAAGUUGUAGUGACAUCUCAAGGAUGAUCAAAGGAAAUUUGAUGCACCUGAGCUCAAUUUGGAGCGUUAUAGCAAAGGGGUGUGCAUACGUACGUAAAUAAGAUAUUUUCUUCAAACAUUUUCUUCAAACAUUUCUAAAAACCUGUUUGUUAUUACUUUGUUAUUAUGGGGUAUUGUGUGUAGAUGGCUGAAAACAAUCUAUAUAAUCCCCCAAAAUGCUAACUGACCCUGUUAUUGGUAACCGUGAGAGGUUAGCAUGUUUUGCUUCAAUAAAAGUGACAAAAUACAUUAUUACCAUUCAUUGCUAUUGGGCACAACAUAAUCCGAACACAACCAAAACAAACUGCAAAUGUAUCCAAGUUUGUAGAGACACAAGCUUGAUGUAGUCAUUGUGUGCUCAGAAUAUGGAUCAAAUACCAAACUUUUGACUAAAUUUAAUACACUAUAAGUGAAUUUGUCCAAAUACUUAUGAUACCUUC